AUGAAGCUGAGGAGGAGGAGGAGGCGGAGGAAGAGGAGGAGGCAGCGCUUCCCUGCCAAGGAGCGGUUCGAGAUCCCGUUUCUCCUCGGGGACGGGUCCCGCACCCAGACCGGGGGUGACAGCAGCCCACCCACCGCCCCCAUCCCCUCCACGCCCGGUGCCGCCGCCGCCCCGCACGGCGCUUUCCCCGCCCGCCCCGUCCCGCGGAGCCCCGGGGGCGGGGGCCAGGUACGGCGGGGCGGGCCGGGCCGGCGGGGCGGCGGCGGGGGAGGGCCCGUUGGCGGCGGCGGGCAGCUAAAGGCAGGUGGCCCCGGGAGCGGCCCCGGGCUGGCUCGGGGGUCCCGCGGCGGCCGGGGCCAUGCGGCGGGCGGCGGCCUGAGCGGGGCGGCCAUGGCCGGGGCGGCGGCGGCGGCGGGAGGGGAGCGGCGGGCGGCGCUGACGGCGGUGCGGACCGAGGGCACGGGGACCCCCGGCAGCGGGACCCCCCCGCCGCCGCCCCCGCCCCGCCGCCGGGGGCUGCUGGGACCCGCACCCCCAGGGCUGCCCGGCGGCUCCCGGGGCGGCGGGGAACGGGCGCUGCCGGGGAAGGAGCGCCGCGGGUACCGGGAGUGCUCCCAGCGAGCCCCCCCCGGGCUCCACCGGGAAGUUUCUCCGCUGCGCUCGGAGUGGGGGAUGCGCCGGUGCCGCUCCUGCCGCCGGAGCCGGUCCCGGGAUCCGCCACCGGCGGGGAGCGAGUCCCCCGGCGGGUCCGUGGCGGAGGGGCUGAGGCAGCUGCAGGGCAGAGUCCUGCCAGGGACCCCCCGAAUCCUGUGGGAAGACGCCGCAGUGGGCGCAAGAUUCCUCCUCGUCUUCAGCUGCCUGGUGCUGUCGGUCUUCUCCACCAUCCAGGAGCACCAGAAAUUGGCCAACGAGUGCCUCUUCAUCCUGGAAUUCGUGAUGAUCGUGGUGUUCGGCAUGGAGUACAUCAUCCGCGUGUGGGCCGCCGGCUGCUGCUGCCGCUACCGCGGCUGGCGCGGCCGCUUCCGCUUCGCCAGGAAACCCUUCUGCGUCAUAGAUUUCAUCGUCUUCAUCGCCUCGGUGGCCGUCAUCGCCGCGGGCACGCAGGGCAACAUCUUCGCCACGUCGGCGCUGCGCAGCAUGCGCUUCCUGCAGAUCCUGCGCAUGGUGCGCAUGGACCGCCGCGGCGGCACCUGGAAGCUGCUGGGCUCCGUCGUCUACGCCCACAGCAAGGAGCUCAUCACCGCCUGGUACAUCGGCUUCCUGGUGCUCAUCUUCGCCUCCUUCCUCGUCUACCUGGCCGAGAAAGACGCCAACGUGCAGUUCGCCACCUACGCCGAUUCCCUCUGGUGGGGCACGGUGACCCUGACCACCAUCGGCUACGGGGACAAAGCGCCGCAGACGUGGCUGGGCCGGAUGCUGGCGGCCGGAUUCGCCCUGCUCGGCAUCUCCUUCUUCGCCCUGCCUGCCGGCAUCCUGGGCUCCGGCUUCGCCCUCAAAGUGCAGGAGCAGCAUCGGCAGAAGCACUUUGAGAAGAGGCGGACGCCGGCGGCCAACCUGAUCCAGGCUGCCUGGCGCCUGUAUUCCACGGAUGCCAGCCGGGUGUACCUGACGGCCACGUGGUGUUACUACGACAGCCUCCUGCCCGCCUUCAGCCCCAUCUUUAGUGGUAAGAGGAGGCUCUUGCAGACGUGGGGCACGUGGAGACGGAGCAGCAAGAUGGGCAUCAAGGAGCGGAUCCGGCUGAGCAGCUCGCAGCGCCAGGGCAGCCGCGGCCAGCAGCAGCACCUGGGGCCGCCCCUGCACCGCUCCCCCAGCACCGAGGACGUGGCCGAGGCCUCCAGCCCCACCAAGGUGCAGAAAAGCUGGAGCUUCAACGACCGCACCCGAUUCCGAGCGUCCCUGAGGCUCAAGCCGCGGACCCCGGCUGAGGCCGACUGCCCGCCGGAGGACAGUGGCGAGGAGAGGAGCUCCCCGUGCGACCUGACCUUCGAGGACAUCAUGCCGGCAGUGAAGACCCUCAUCCGGGCCGUCAGGAUCCUGAAGUUCCUGGUGGCCAAGAGGAAGUUCAAGGAGACCUUGCGUCCCUACGACGUCAAGGACGUCAUCGAGCAGUACUCGGCCGGACACCUGGACAUGCUGGGCAGGAUCAAGAGCCUGCAGACGCGCGUGGACCAGAUCGUGGGCAGGGAUCGGGCGCUGCCCGCGGACAAGAAGGUUCGGGAGAAGGGGGAGAAGCCGGCGCUGGAGGCGGAGCUGGCGGGCGAGCUCAGCAUGAUGGGGCGCGUGGUCAAAGUGGAGCGGCAGGUGCAAUCCAUCGAGCACAAGCUGGACCUGCUGCUCGGCCUCUACUCGCAGUGCCUCCGCAAGGGCUCCGCCAACUCCUUCGUCCUGGCCGCGGUGCGGGCGCCGCCCGGCGAGCCCGACAUCACCUCCGACUACCAGAGCCCCGUGGAGCACGAGGACAUCUCCGUGUCCGCCCAGACCCUCAGCAUCUCCAGGUCGGCCAGCGCCAACAUGGACUGAGCAGAAGGCAGCGGGACGGACCCUGCCCGCCUGGCAUGGGGCACUGGGAGCGGCGUGGCGCUGUCCCCUCGCUGUCCCCUCGCUGUCCCCUCGCCGUGUUACUUGAACCGAGUCUUCCUUUGCGGGGACACGGCUGCAGCGGGGUGCCCGUGGCACUGUGGCAUGGCCAGCCCACGCUCCUGGGGCGUUUCUGGGAUGCUCCUGGGAUAUUCCUGAGAUGCUCCCGAGCUGCUCCUGGGAUCCUCCUGGGAUGUUCCUGAAGUGCUCCUGGAAUAUUCCUGGGAUAUUCCUGAGAUGCUCCCGAGGUGCUCCUGGGAUCCUCCUGGGAUGUUCCUGAGGUGCUCCUGGAAUAUUCCUGGGAUAUUCCUGAGAUGCUCCCGAGGUGCUCCUGGGAUCCUCCUGGGAUGUUCCUGGAGUGCUCCUGGAAUAUUCCUGGGAUACUCCUGAGGUGCUCCUGGGAUGUUCUUGGGAAUGUUCCUGGGGUGCUCCUGGAAUAUUCCUGGGGUGUUCCCGGGAUUCUUCUGGGAUGCUCCUGGGAUGUUCCUGGGGGUGUUCCUGGCUUCCUGCAGGAUGGCACCCCUCAGCUCCGGGGUCCUGGCUGCUCCCCAGCUGCGGUGGGGAUGCUCUGGGCUGGCCCCAUCCCCUGGGGUUUGGCUUGAGCCCCAGCCCUCAGGACAGGUCCUGCCUGGUCCCCCAGAGCUGAGCCGGGGCCACCACCAGCUAUGCAAGGUCCCAUCUCCCUCUUGCUGCCGGUGCAGGGGUGUGGGGGCACGACCCAGGGUGGUUUUACCCGCCUCACUCGGGGUCCCCAGUGUGGGGAGCAGGGGACUGUCCCCCCUCCCCAGGCUGCACCUCUCCAGAAGCACAGCAGAGCCUUCUGCCUGCCCGUGCAUGCUCCCAGGGCAAUAUAUAUAUAGAAGAUAUAUAUAUAUAUAUAUAUAUUUAUGCAAUAAUGUCUUAAUAUGCAACACCCCUGGGAAGAGCAACCCGAGGGGCCAUAGGCAAUAAGCAACCCCCUGCCAGCUCCCAGGGCUGGACUGUGCUGCCCGGGGGGGUGGCCCUGGAGCCAGGAAGCUGAGCAGGGGCUGUGGGGACAGGCGCUGUCCCUCCCCCUGUGUCCCAGCCCCUGCUCCUGCUUAGAGGAUUCCCUCCCGGCUGGGUCCUGCGGUGCUCAGUUUGUCCCUGUCCCUGUCCCCUCUGUGGUCCGGGGAGCACGGGUCGGGCCUGGAGGGGGACAGGGGUCCCCCUGGAGGGGGACAGGGCGGUGUCCUUGCAUGUCACCUACAGCAGAGCCGCGACAGCUGCCGCGCUGCCCCAAAUCCCUGCGCCGCCCCGCUCCCAGUCCCGGCGCUGCUUCCCAGUCCGGCGCCGCCGGGGCUGUGCCAAAGUGCCAGGCCGGGGCGGCAGCCGUGGCUCCAGGGGGGGCUCGGUGGUCACCCCACAGUGCCGGGCUCUGUCCUGGGCUGCUCCCCCCGCCGCCAGCGCCGCCCCUCCCUGGGCUCGGCACCGUGGGGUUCGCACCCCCUUCUCCCGUGCCUCUGCUCCGGGCACUGCGGGCUCCUGACCCUGCUCGUCCCCUCGCCCUCGCAUGUGGCCAGCGCGGGCCGUGCCAGAGCUGCUUGAACGCCCCGACCCUGCUCCUGCCCUCGGCCUGGGGGUGCCCGGGGCGGUGCCACACCAGGGGACAGCGCUGGGUGGGUGGCCGUGGGGCGAGGUGCAUGUGACAGCUUUGCCCGCAGCCGCACGCAGGAAUUAACCCUUAGAACCCCGCUCCCGGGGCUGCCUGGUCCCCGCAGACCCCCGAGCCAGCGGUAGUUACCUCACUUGAUUAACUUAUUAACUUAUUUGUUUC